UUCCAUAUAUAAACAACUUCUUGAACUAAAGUUCAAAUAGAUUUCUCACCCUUUCUUCUCUCUUUCUUUCCCUUUCUAGCUAUACCACUGUAUCUUCUAGCCUGCCUUUUCUUCAUCCAUGGCCAGAAACACCGCUUUCUCACGCCGCAGAUGGUCCUCUGAAAGUGUCCAAGAGCUGGGUGAACUUUUGCCUAGUGAGUCUCAUGAUGUUCAUGUUCUUGCUGUUGAUGAUAGUCUCAUUGAUAGGAAGGUUAUUGAACGCUUGCUCAAAAUCACAUCCUGUAAAGUUACAGCCGUUGAUAGUGGGAGAAGAGCUCUACAAUUUUUGGGUUUGGAUGAAGAGAAGGCCUCAGUUGGUGUUAAUGGUCUGAAGGUGGAUAUGAUAAUCACAGACUACUGUAUGCCUGGAAUGACCGGUUAUGAGUUGCUUAAAAAGAUCAAGGGAUCCUCGACUUUUAGAGAGGUGCCUGUUGUUAUCAUGUCAUCGGAAAAUGUCUUGGCAAGGAUUGAUAGGUGUUUAGAGGAAGGUGCAGAGGAUUUUAUAGUAAAACCAGUAAAAUUGUCGGAUGUUAAGAGGUUGAAGGACUACAUGUUUGGAGAAGAUAAAGUUGUAACCCAAGACAGGCCAAACAAUAAGAGAAAAUUGCAAGAUAUGUCAUGUUUUGAUCCCUCUUUGUCACCACCACCACUGUCCAUCUCAUCCGCAUCACCUGAAUCCCCCUUGUUGAUCCCUUCUCUUGAUUCAUUGUCGACGUCGUCACCUAAAUCGCUAACAUCAGUCCCCUCUCUUGAUCCAUCAUCGACAUCGUCACCUGAAUCACUCUCACCACAGCUGUCAGCACCGUCAUCGCCACAGUCUUCCCCACAAUUUCCAGAGCCAUCAUCACCUCUGCCUUCGCCUCAGCUGUCAGCACCAUCGUUGCCUCUGUCUUCACCGUCACCGUUAAAUACAUAGACAAGGCGGCUUAAGAUGUCCAACUAUGAAUUAGAUUAAGAAUUUUGUAACUAUUAACUUUUAAAGAAUCACACUAUAUGCAGGUUCAUUCCUUGUUUUCUCUGAAGCAGUUUGUUGUAUUAACUUGUCUUUACAACAAUUACCGGGUUAACUCUUAUACAUAUCAAAUCAAAGUUAAAGUUUUAUUACA